CUGAAGAAGACAAGUAGUUUGGCAGCGGAGAGGCUCAGAGAAAGACAAGGGGAUUUUAUGAAGAGUCUGAGAGCCGGAUUCUAGAGCGCAGAGAUAUCUGGGGAUUCUGUAACUUUUACAGUACAUAAUGAUAAGGAUUUUACAGUUUUUCCACCCAAUUUGCUAAUGCUGUACCAUUAACUAUUGCCAUACCUGCACCCAUUAAACAUUUGGCUCUAAUACAGAUCACAAGGCUGCUCAGCCAAGAAUCUUCCCCCUAUUUACUAAAGUCGCUGGCGAUAAGAAGAUUAAGAGGUCUGGCUGCUGCAGUCGGGCUGAUUUUCAUGAGAAAUUGCAGAAUUCCAACUGCUUUGCACAACUUGACAACUUGGAACGUUGAGGGAGAACAUACAUGAUACAUCGAGAUCACCACUCAGACUGAGGAGGGCCUGUACCACCCAAUUAGUAAUCUCCUAAUACCCUAUUCAUGUAUGAAACAUCUCCUGCUUAACAUCACCAUGAGAGCACAGAUAGAAGUUAUCCCGUGUAAAAUAUGUGGGGACAAGUCAUCGGGUAUUCAUUAUGGAGUGAUUACCUGUGAGGGGUGUAAGGGUUUUUUCCGGAGGAGCCAGCAAAACAACGCAAGUUACUCCUGUUCUCGCCAGCGCAACUGUCUGAUCGAUCGGACCAACCGCAAUCGUUGUCAGCACUGCCGACUUCAAAAGUGCCUUGAACUUGGCAUGUCCCGAGAUGCGGUGAAGUUUGGUCGAAUGUCUAAGAAGCAAAGGGACAUCUUGUAUGCUGAAGUCCAGAAGCACCAACAGAGCCAGGAGCAAGUGCUAGGCAGUGAGGGGGCAGAUACCGUCUCCCGGGGCUAUCCUACUAGUGUUAGCAGUGGUCUGUCUGACCUCGAUGAUCUCAGUGGUUUGUCUGAUGGCCUCCUCUUUGAAUUCCCCCUCACUCCAGAUGGGGGUAGCUCCUACUACAGCCUGGAGCUUCCACUUUCAACACAGCCCUCUCCAGACCCAUGUCAUGGGGCUACAACAGACCCCCUCCCUGGCAACUGCCCUCAUGAACUCGGAGAAGAUCAGCAGUUGCUAGACAUCAGCCCUGCAGACAUAGAACACGUCUCGCAGAACAUCAUACGUUCUCACCUAGAUACUUGUCAGUUCACGAGUGAUGAGCUAAGCAGGAUGACCUGGAACAUUCACUCACAGGAGGAUGUGCGCAGUUUGCAGAACAAGACCUGUGAGACGAUGUGGCAGCUCUGCGCCAUCCACAUCUCUAAUGCUAUCCAGUAUGUGGUGGAGUUUGCCAAAAGGCUGGAUGGUUUCAUGGAACUUUGCCAGAAUGACCAGAUCGUGCUGCUUAAAGCGGGGUGCCUGGAGGUCCUGCUAAUUAGGAUGACCCGAAUAUUUAAUCCUUUAAACAACACCGUCUUUUUUGAAGGAAAAUUCGGAGGAAUCCAGUUGUUUCGCUCUCUUGGGUGUGAUGAUCUGGUAGCCGCCAUCUUUGACCUGGGUCGGACACUGUGCCGCUUGGAUCUGUCAGACGAAGUGAUUGCUCUGUUCAGUGCAGCAGUUCUUAUGUCUCCAGAUCGCAGGUGGCUAACAGAAUCCAGCAAAGUGCAAAAGCUUCAAGACAGAAUAUUUUUGGCAUUGCAAAAGGAGAUUCAGAAGAGACAUUGCAAUGAGGAUCUUUUAUCCAAGAUGGUCUCCAAACUCCCCCAGAUGAAAACGAUCUGCAAUCUACACUUGGACAAGCUUGAAUUUUUCCGUCUCCUUCAUCCUCACAUAGUUGACACUUUCCCCCCUCUGUAUAAGGAGGUAUUCAGCUGUGAACUUCAAUAUACUGACCUCAGAGAAAGUUAAAGGAGCCUGGGGCUCGUCAAAAUGAAUUGUGAUGUUCUUGGGGUUUUUUUUCUUUGUUUUUUUUGUAAAUCUCUCCUUUCCCCUUCGAGCAUCAACCACUGGAGAAGAGGCCGGGACAUAAGGAAGUAUGUGCUGAGGAUUUGUUUCCUAAAUGCUCUCUCAUAUUUUAGGUCAUUGGUGAAUGCCGUGGACAUAUCCCAUUAAUUAUCUAUUUGCUCUUCGGAAAGAUGCAAAGAAGGGAUUGGUUGGAAAGAGGUAUUGACUUUGCACAUCGGAAAUGUUGUCUGCAACUUCUUUUAAUAUGGAUACAUUUUAUCCACAAGAAUGACCACUUGCGUAUGCUCACAUUAAAGCUUCAAAUGGAAUCGUUAGUCAGAGUUGCCAUUCAUAUUGAUUCAGUAGUGUCAUCUCUAAAACACUUGAAGUAUUGACCAUUCCUGAAUGUACACUACCCUGUUUGCUUUGUAUGUAAGAAGAGAUGCUCUACGAGGAGCAUCUGAUGCUUCACAGGGCUCUCUACCCAUAAUACACUGCUGUUUGUUCAGAACAACCUACAAGUUGACGUUGCCAAGGUCUCAACCCAGAGGAUGAAAAGUAAGAUGAUUAUCGGAGCAUUUGUGUAAGUAGAUUAAAAUUGUUUAAAAUGUCUGUUCGAUAUUUGUAUAAACAACCAAACUAUACAUAUUCUUCUGAAUACAUCCUCUGUUUAUAUACUUUAUACAUAUUGAUGACUGCAAACUCUACUCUUGCAUAUUGUUUGUUUAGUAUGCUGUUAUUUUUGCAAUUAAAUCAAUUUUGUUCCUUUCUUCGCAUCCAAGACAGUGUAAGGGUUAGGUUACCAUUGCAGUAGAGGUGUAUAUUUUUGUGCAGGUUUGAAAACCGUAUCAGCGUAUUAAAAUCGUGUUUUCACUUUAAGUGAAGAUGGGUAAUUGGGGAGAUAGCCCCUUUUUUGGGGGCAUGCACUUAAUACCAAAAACCCGAGCACUGUGUAUUCAGAAGCAAAACAAAAAUAUAUAUUUUUAUUGCAUAGUUUUAUUCUUGUGAAUGUCCAACGAUACUGCAUCUUCUUUUUACCUGUCAAUAAAUGCUGGUGGUUUGAUGGGAAUGAAAAAUUGAAUGUAAUAUUUAACAUGCUUCACUAAAGGCUUGAAUUUAUUUAUAUAUUGCACCACGUGAAAAUACAGAUAGAAGGGAGUGUUGGGAUAUUGAGUCUUUGUUACAGAACGGACUAACGCUAAAAUAGAAAGUUAGUGGCUUUUAGUGUAAAGGCUGUAUCAAUAGCAGAAUAUGCUCAAAUAUAAUAUUCCUUAACCUAUCCCCUACCUCCAGUGUUUAAAAGGACAUUAUAGUCACCAGAACAACUACAGCUUAAUGUAGUUAUUCUGGGAGUAUAGCCUGUCCUGCAGGCUUUUUGCUGUAAACACGGUCUUUUCAGAGAACAUGUAGUGUUUAUAUUACAGCCUAGGUACACCUCUAGUGGCCACUCCUACGAUGGCUAAUAGAGGCGAUUCCUCUACCGUUCAGCAUCUUUAUUCAAUGCAUCUCUAUGAGUAAAUGCUGGUUGGCCAAGCCGGCGUUUGGCCCAGCCACAUCCCACCUCUUUGACGAUCUCAGCCAAUCCAAUGCUUUUCCUAUGGUUAAACAUUGGAUUGGUUGAGAUCAUCAAUUCUGAUGAUGUCAGCUAAGGAGGCAAGCCACCUAAAUGGUGGUUUUAACACUAUAGGGUCAGGAAUACAUGUUUGUGUGUCUGACCCUAUAGUGUUCCUUUAAAUACAUAUAAAAAAGAAAAAGAAAAGACUUCACAUGAAUACCCUAUGCCUGUAUAAUUUUUUUCAGGGGGGAGGCAAGAGACGUUGGAGUCAAAUUUGAUUCUUAUGAUUUAGCAGAAAUGGAACAAAAAUCUGUACUUCAUAUGGUUCGGACCUCCUCCGUGCUUCACAUACAGAGCAAGCUUAACCAUAAGGGGAGCCUAGGUUGCAUUCUAGGGCCCAAA